AUGGCUCACAUAGCCAAUUGCCUGGCGGAUUCUGACCUUGAGGAGUUGCCUGUCAGCCUUUAUUAUAUACCAAAGGCCCUCUCCCCACAGAAUUCCGAUGAGUCGCUAGGUCGAGCGUCCCCCUCAGGAGAGAAGCCUUUUGCUUGGAGGAUGCAGCAGCCGGAGAGAAAAUACCAGCUCUUCCCAAGGGACAGGCAAGCGGGCGCUGCCACAGGGAAGGCACUGGAUCCCGGGCAGGCGUUUGCUCACGCCCUGGGACAGAACGGCGAGAAAGGCGAGAAGGCUACUGUUGGAACAGGCUUGAGGAUCCGAAUCAAAGAGCACAACCUCAUCCGCAGGCGGAAGAUUAGCGUGCCGGACCUAGGGCCCAUGACAACGGUGCAGGAAGUUGCUAUGGACUCGCUUCAUGAGCGUUCUAUCAGUGCCCCUGGGAACUCGUGGAAACCGCAUAAUCUGGCCGACUACUCGUCAUCAGCAAAGCCACUAAAUGAGGCUCGACAGCCACUGUCCCCAAAGAGCCUGACCCCGCUUGUGAUUCCUCCUACUAACUCGGCCGUCCCCCGCCUGACACGGCAAAUGUCGCUCACCCGACUCCGGUCCUGCGGCACGCCUGUCGAGGCCCCCAUCCGUUCUGCGAGGACCGACGACUCUCCCCAUUCACGCACACCGUUCACGCCGCUUUCUGCCGCGUUAACGACGCCCAGAUCAGCAGCAACCUCGGCCAUGACCGCUUCGACGUUACCGACCCCCGUAUCGGCCCCUAUCGAGACGCGGCAAUCACCCAAACCAUGGGAGAGACCAGCAAACUACGCCGUCCCUGAUACACCCAAGGAUUGUAGUCCCGAACCCUCUGUCUCGCCCAUGUCGGAGGACAAUGAACCUACUCCUGGCGUCGCCCUUGGGCACAGGAGACACCAAUCGGAGUCCGGAAGUAUCAUGGAAAGAGGGCGGCCGCGGAAGCGAUCCGACGUAGUCGGCGCGUCUCCCUCGCGGCGGGCCGAAUCGAAGAGAAGCAAGAGCUCGGAAAGGCGAGCAUUCGUGCAACUACCCAAGGGUUGGAAAGCAACAGAGGUGGUAAACAUGCUGAGCCAGUCAGAGGUGGUUGAAUUGCAAAAGCAGGCUCUUCAGCAGGCUGCCCGCUUUGAAGUCUUGAGGAAAGAAGACGUCGACAAUCUUUCACGGGAACUCCGUCAACUCGAUGAGCGAACCGAAUAUCUCCGACGCACCUACACCUCGCUCAGGGCAGGGAGGCGAAAUCUGCACACUCGCAUUUGCCAGUACCUCCGCUCUCCACGCACGGCCAAGUUCAGCCCCGACUCUAUGUUGAAGCAGGAGGAAGCUCUUGCGGAGCUGGAUGCCUCAAUAGACGAGUGGGUCAACAAACUGGAGCAGGCCGAGAAUCGCCGAACACGGGUCCGGCAAAAGCUUCUCGAGCAUGUCGCUGCCGCGGCGACUCUGACUUCGCCAGUCGGCGGUGGUGUCAUCGGCGUCAGCGAGACCCUGCAGCAAGCCAUGGGCACUCGCCCACUUAAUGCCGGCAACAUAUCAACGCCGCCUCGGAGCCCGACGAAGACGGCUUUCAACCAAAUUCACUCUUCUGCCUCUCCUUCCCCACAGCGGGUGGUCGCCCAGGUUCCAUCCACCAUCAUCGAGCAACCUCUCUUUGAAGAGGCAGCCUCCACAGAUGGGAAGGAAGCAGAACCUGCAACGUCGCUGCGUCGUGCCGAAACCAUCCGAGUUUACGCCGACAACGACGUGUACACUCUUCUAGCCGACGUGGAGAACGCCAUCAACAAAAUGGGUGGUCGCGAGUCGCCCGCCAAGGAGGAAUUUGGCCCAGAGAUGGAGCGGAAAAAGCUUCACCGCGCCAUGAGCCACGAUGUGUUGAGAGGCUUGCCCCCUAGGAAGCCAGUACCGAUAUCCAAGCUGGAGGAGAAGCAGUCUUGCUCUUCGUUGUGCUCGGCUCCGGCCUCGACACCUCCGGCUGCCAACAACUCGACAGAGGAGAUCUACCUUACCAGCGCCGUCUUCAAGCCGGAGUGA